AUGAGCAUUAAGACGGACAUUUUCAGAGGCCUUUCGGCAUUCCCAAUUACUCCUGCUGAUCCUGAUGGCACCGUCGACACUGGCGCUCUGGUUCGGAUCAUCGAGACGUUGGAUAUUCCCGGCAUCGAUUCGAUUGGCUUGUUGGGUAGUACUGGAAACUACGCUUACUUUACGAGGGAGCAACGCAAGCGGGCGAUCGAAGCAGCAAGACAAGCUCUGCAGGGAAGAAAACCACUUAUUGUCUCUGCUGGUGCUCUUCGGACGGAUGACGCACAGAAUCUAGCCAAGGAUGCUGAAGAGGCGGGGGCUGAUGGCUUGCUACUCGCACCUGUCUCGUAUAAUCAGUUAACUGAAGAAGAGGUAUACCAACACUUCAUUGCAGUCGCCAGUUCGACCACACUACCUAUCUGCAUCUACAAUACUCCGAGCACGACGCACUUUACCUUUAGCGACGCGCUUCUUGCUCGUAUCGCGGCGUUGCCAAACGUAGUUGCGCUCAAGCAGCCCGCUCCUAGCACUAAGCCAAGAGAAACACAUGAGACGCUUUCCGCAAACUUUCCUCCUGGGUUUUCUGUCGGAUACAGUGGGGACUCGCUGGCCCACGAGUCACUACUGGUUGGUGGUUCUGUAUGGUACAGCGUGAUCGCUGGGUUUCUCCCCGCGCCAUCGGUUGCGCUGAUGGAUGCAGUUCGCAGGAGGGACCAUGUCGAAGCGAGACGCAUCUCGGCUAUCCUGCAGCCAAUCUGGGACCUGUUCCAAGAGUUUGGUGAGGUCCGGGUGGCAUUUGCAGUUGCGAACGAGCGUGGCCUUUGCAAAGCAGCCCCUCCUCGGCCUAUUCUUCCUAUAGAUGCUUCGCAUCAUGAUCGAAUCCGCUCGGUGUUGGCAGACAUCAAUAAACACUUUUAG